AGUGCGAUUCCAUAAUUCUUUCGAAAUAUGUAACUAAGCAGGAAAAUAUCCAAUUCAGCAGAAAAGUAUCUAAUUGGGUAGAGAGAGGAUAAUGCAACACGGAUGAGGAUAGACUCUUCUCUGUAUAUAUGUGCUUUCGUUUGAGUGCCCAACUCAUGUCCUGGAUAUAUUUCGUUCAUUUCCAUGCACCCAUUUCCGGUUUGUUAAGGGGGCGUUAGGCGAGCAUAACUGUAGAAGCAGAAGAAGAGAAUUCAACUGCCAUUGCCAUGGCAUCACUUAUGGCAGCAGGCAGCAUGUCAGCAACAGGGCAGCUGGGUGUGGGAGGUCUUACGGACUCUCAAUCUUAUCUCCUGCCAAAUAAAGCUCUUCUAUCUCGUUCUAAUUUCUGUUUUGGAUCUCGAAGAAAAGCAUUAUCUUUGUCUAAGAUGAACAGAUUUCAGAGUCAUUCAGGAUCCGGAAUGUUAAGAAAACACAAUGCAUUUGUAGUGUCUGCUGCUAUUAAAUCUCUGAAUACAUUGCCAUUAUAUAGUGUCGUUAACAAAGAGGGAAGGAUUCAACCAAUUGCAGACCCCGAGGUUGUUGCAAGCGUUUUUGCUAUUUUUGACAGGAACAAAAAGAUUCAGUAUAUAGGAUUCUCCAAAGACUUGAAAAAUUCUUUGAGAACUUUAAUGGGUCGGAGACCUGAGCUUUGCUAUUAUUACCGGACACAAAAUCUUACUUCCUUUGAUCAAGAGCUCAUGAUUGCCAUCCGCCAGCAGUGGAUAGACGAAAUUGGAUCAACUCCACCAGGUAAUUCAAGCCCUUCUGAGAGAGCACAAUGGGAACAACCAGCUCUUGCAAAUUCUAUAUCAGAAAGGGGAAGGGCUGCUGCCGCUGCUUCUAAAGCUAAGACCAUGCAGCAGAUGAUGCGUGAUAGAGGUGUUAAGGAAGAGAUGAUAUUUGACCCAGUGUUAUUGGAACAAGGGAAACUAAAUAUUCUCCCGUCCAAAGGUCUGAGUCCCGAAGAACUGGCUCAAAUUGCUCUACAACAAGCUGCAGCAGAAGCUACAAGAAAAAAAGUAUCCGUGUCAAUUCCAUCUGGUGGUGUCAUAGAAUAUGACAUUUUUUAUGAGAUGAAAUUUAAAACCAAUGCCGGUUGGAUGUAUGAUGUCGCUGUGACCUAUGAUGACAAAGAAACAAGGCAUCGGAUUAUUGUUGGACAGUUUUUCCCGGACGCUGUUGAUAUGGCAGAAGAUGACUUUUUGGAGAGGGUGAUUGCCUUUUUGCUGCACAAGCAAAUCCCUCGUCACACUGAAGGUAUGCUGAGAUCAAGUGAAUUUAACAUCAAUUACUUCGCAAUUGGAGAAGUGAGCUUAAGGUUCAGGGAAUUGCAAGAGUGGUUUUCGAAGGAACUUCCAGCAGAUGAAUGGAGAUUUGCAAAGCUUCAAAGCUAUGGUGCACUAAUAGAUCCUGCACCUCCUGUGGGUCCACUAGAAUUGUCACGGUAAAGCUUGAGCUGGCAUUUUCGCUUGCCACUACUAGCAUUGCCUACUCAAAUUGACAAUCAAGAUGUCAAGCAAAUUGACAAUCAAGAUGUCAAGCAAAGUGCUUCAUAAAUCCUUCGUGUAUCAUGUACCUGCGAGUUGUUUCAUCAGAAGACUCUAAUGCAAUAUUUUAUUUGUUUCUAAGAAAUGGUUCAGCAGUUGCAAAUGUUUUUUUCCAAAACAAUUUUCACUAUGAUAAUAAAAUUGCGAAGAUUUAUUUGGUUGUGAA